UACGACGAGCUCACUAAAUAUCUCCAGAGUGAUAAAAAGCGGCCUGCAGUUAAUUCUGACGAUAAGGAAGACUCUGAUACCGAUGAAUUUACGGAACCAGAUAAGAACAGGGCAUCACCCUUACCUAACUUCCCUAAUACGCAGCAUCGUGUAUCCGGUAGAAUACGGAAGAAGUCGAGACUACUGGAUGGGUAUAUAGCUUGA